UCCACCUGCGCUCAUAACUUCAAGUUUCCAAAGCUUCGCGAGAGAGCGCACUUUCAGCGUGCGUUACCUACCAGUGUGUUUCAAGAGUCGCGCAAACUCGCGUCCUCCUAUAUCUCCGCUGCAAAACGCAUCGAAUUCAAAUUUGAAUUUGCGCAAAUUUUGACACAUAGAAAAAGUACCGGGAAAUCUUCUGAUGAUGACGGAAACUGUGGUCACUGUGCAACCUAACCAGGCACCAAACAACAACACCACGAAACCAAGUGAAUCGCAGACCCUCUCAUGGCUCAAGAUCAAUUUGGAUUAUUUCAGAACGUUGCCUGGAAAACUGAAGAUCGCUGAAAUUAUAAUUGGCAUAAUCUGCAUGUCUCUGGCGUCACCCGCAUUCAGAUCCGGCACCCACUUCUUCUUGUUCGUCGUCACGAUCAGCUUCAUCGGAAGUCUGAUCUGGAUGUUCGUGCGUGUCCUGGGAAUCAGGGAAGCGCUCACCUUGCCCAUCGAUUGGGUCCUAUCCGAAUUCGCAAACACCGGAAUCUGCGCUGUUCUCUACGGAAUCGCCUUCAUCGUCCAAUUGGUCGUUUGGUCAACACCUGCCACCUAUUACAGGACAGCUAACAUAAUCGCUGGUGUGUUUGGAAUCUUCAACACUUUAGUCUACGGAAUCGAGACAUACCUUCUCCACAAGCAAUGGAAGAGCACGAGGGUAGCGAACUAAAAAAAAAUCCACCUGAAGAAAAAUUCAACUCUAAAUUUAAACGUUUAAAGUGUAAACACACACAAAUUUCAUAAAUU